CCAUUGAAUUAGCUCUUAAUAAGCUUAAUAGUUCUGACAAACCUAGUAUACAAGCAGCCACAUUAAGACUUAAAGUUGCUGAAAUGACUUUACGAUAUGCAAAUAAGAAUAAUCACUUACCUAACUGUUCUGGACCUUCAAUAGUUUUAAGUAGCCAUAAAGAACAAGAAUUAGUUGGUUACUGUAAAAACAUGCAAAAACUAGGAUUUGGACUUACUAGAUCUGGAAUAAACCAUUGUGUAAUGACUAUUAUGAAUAAUAACAAUUGUAAUCAUCUUUUUAAUGAUAAUGGACCUAGAAAGUCCUGGUGGUCAUGUUUUUUAAAAGACCAUCCUGAUCUAUUUUUUCAUGUACCUCAGGUCCUCUCAGAAGCACAUACACAAAGAGCAAAUCCAGUUAUUAUAAAAGAUCAUUUUGAUAAGCUUUAA